AUGUCUCUCUCAGCUCUACCAAUUGAGAUCAUCUGCAUGAUUGUGGAGCGCAUUCCAACGCAGGCCGGCGUCAAGGCGUUUAUGUUGAGCCAUCGGCGAGUCUCUAAUUUACCACUCGUACGAGAGUGUUUAUACAAUCGAACAGGAAAGUCCCGGUUGAGUGAAAAUUUACUGUGGGCAUGUGAGAAGGACGACAAAAACUUGGCUUGCGCGAUGCUGGCGCUGGGAGCGGAUAUCAAGUGCAGCAGCAAGGACCAGGUCUUCACACCUUUGACAAUUGCCGCAGCAGAAUGCAACGCAGAAAUUGUGAAGCUACUUUUAGAGCAUGACACGAGUAUUAUCAACGGGGCAGGCGGAUGUGGAGAUACCGCACUCAAGCAGGCAAUUUUCCGAGGACAUAUCGAGAUUGUGAAGACCCUUCUUGCCCAGUCAAAUCUCGAUCCAUCAGCGGCCAAUCCACAUCCCAGUCGAACGAUGCAAGAUCCCUUUUAUCGUCUAAAGCCACUUAACGAGGCUCUGGCCCGUGGGAACGAGGAGAUGGUGCGAAUGCUGAUGGAGGAUAGUCGUUUCAAGCUGGAUCAUAAUAGCUUGGCUGCAGCUGCAGAUGGAGGGAAUGAAAGCCUCGUCAAGCUAUGUCUCCAGAAAGCACCUCCAACACCCCAAUACUUUGAUGAAUCGCCGGUUGCUCUUGCCGCAUUUCGGGGAAACGAGGCUGUUGUGAAGUUACUGUUGGAAGAUGGCGGACUGGAUCCCAACGAAGAAAACAAAUAUCAUCGGACACCACUCCAUCUGGCCGCGGCGGGAGGUCAUGACAAUAUCGCCAAACUACUCCUCGACAGAUACGAUGUCGAACCAGAUGUGAAAGACCUGAGCAAUAUCACCCCGCUCUCGGAUGCUGCGAGAUAUGGCCAUGUGGGCGUCUUAAAACUACUUUUGGGUUCUGGUAAGACCAAUCCCAACGCUCGAGAUAGUAUGAAUCGCACACCGUUAUCCCACGCCGCAGAACGUGGGCAUUCAGAAGCCGCGAGCCUCCUACUUGCGACAGGCCUAGUCGAUGCGGAUUCCAAGGAUCAUAUGGAUCGGACACCAUUAUCUUGGGCUGCAGAAAAUGGGGUCCCUGAUACUGUCAGGGUACUUCUCCAAACGGGACGUGUCAAUCCCGAAUCCAAAGACAAAGAAGAGGGACGCACACCGCUAUCCUACGCUGCUGGAAGUUCGCACUAUUUGAACAGUUUCAAUGGGGCCAAGCGCCGCGACGAUGCACAGGAAUGUCGUGAUAUCUAUAAUCUUCUGCAGGGGAGAACAGAUCUGGUAUCCCCUCCAGAUGUGCAGGCCCGGCAGCGGGGGACUUAUGGGUGGCUAGCCAAAUGUGACCCGGUCGAUAUCAUUGAACAACUUCUCGAAUAUGACGGGGUCAACCCAGAUGCGCAGGAUAAACAGGGACAGACACCAUUGAUGUUGGCUGCACAGAGAAGACAGGUAGAGGCAGUCAGGCUGCUCAUGGCCACGGGCAAGGUGAAUCCAGAACUACGUGACAACGACGGCUGGACGCCGAGAAUUCACGCUGAACAGGGCUUCAAGCCACGCAAGCUAACCCAAGCUGAACUUGAUGAGCGUGCCUGGGAUGCCUGGGAAGCCGCACUGUAA